UCUUGCAGCUGAUGUUUUAAUGAGUUUGUUGACAAAAGAUUGCUAUGAAUCUCGUCGUUAUGUUUCUCUAGAAGCUCGAAUAAAUUGUGCUCUAAAGAGUCAGUUAUUAGAAAUAUUAACCGAGUUACUACAAUUUGCAGAUGAAAAAAUUUAUCCAAACAUAUUAAAUGUAAUAAAGACAUUGAUCAAGGCAGCAGAUGAAGCUUGUCAGAUAUUAAUUGAACAAGAUGCAUUGAAUUAUUUAUUAAUGCGACUAGAACCAACAUGGAAAGAAAGGUUUCCCAAUAAACCUCCACCAAAACUGCCUGUGUUAGAGGAAGAAAGAGUUGUUUAUCGACUAUUGUCAAUUUCAAAAAAUAAAUCUGCUACAAAAUGGAAUCCACAACAAGUUUGCGUACUCAGCCAUUUAGCUCUGGAUUGUUUAAUGAAAAUCGUGCCUUUUAUGGAAGAGGAAUUUAUCGAGAAUAGUGGUCCUACUAUAUUUUUAGAUAUCAUUUGUAUGUAUAAGACGAAUGAUAUUGACAUACUCAUAUUAAGAAAAUGUUUGGAAGCUUUGCUUCACACAUUAAGAAAUACAGUCAUGGUAUUGGACUCCAUUAUAUUUAAUGACGGUUUCAAAUUAAUUCUGGGUUUAUGUGAGGACAUAGUGUUAAAUUUGUUUGAAGAUAAUUUUGGGAAAAAAUGUUUAACUCUAGCUAUCCUCAUUUUAAAUAUUUUAUAUGAGCAUUCCACUCAAAAAUAUAAGAAGAAAUUAAUUACAAUUACUAUAGAAUAUAUGAAGAAAAUUGUACUACCGCAUAAAGAAGUAUCUGUUCGUGACGUUCGUGAAAUUAUAUGUGUUAUGAAUUUUAUUUGGGAACACAUUGUCAAAGAUGAGGAAUGUGCAAAAGAAUUUGUAAAAAAAGGUGGUACUUUUUUAAUGUUGGAUAUGGUACAGAAAUUUCCAUUUGUGGUAAAAAUAGUUACCCUUGGGGCUUUAGUAGACCUUUGCCAAUUUGAUCACUGUAUACCAUAUCUAAUAACAUGGAAACGGAAAGGACAGAAGAUUCUUCCCAUGUUAAUGAAGGUGUUUAGAGAAGAAAAUAAAAGAUUAAAAGUAAAAAGGGGUUCUCAUGGACAAAUUUCAGAUAUAAGAUACCCUUUAAUGGGAAAAGACCAGUGGUUUUUGACUUUCUGUACGUGUAAACCAAUGACGCCCGGUAAUGCAUGCAUUUCUGAUUUAUUUAUAAGCUGCAGACCCAAAAUUUAUGCGCUCUUACAAAUGCUUCAUAUGAGACAUGCAGAAGCAGUUAAAAUUGCUGACGAACAAUACAAAUCAUAUGAUGAGGAACUGCAACCUGAUGAUCAGGUAACGAGACUCAUUGCAGAAAAUUUCUUGGCAUUAAAAUUGGGAGAAGCGUGGGUUGAAUUAAAGGAACAAUUUGAUAGAUCGUCUAUUAGCCUUACAUACAUUGACAACAGACUUCUUUCUGCUCUUACCGAACGAACUAAUAAAUUGGCACAAUACUUACAAAGCAUACAAAAUGAAAUUAUACAAAAUGCCAAUGAAAAGGAACUAUUCAAAGAGUAUAAGCUAUAUAAACAUCUAUCAAAUGGGAAUUUGACUGAUGCUUUGGAUGCCUUAAGUGAAUUGAAAACUAUUGCAAGAAGUUCAGAACAUAUGUUUAGAAUAUCCGAAAAAUAUAAACAAAAUAAACAAAUAGAGGAUGCUCUAAAAUCUCAUAAUAUUGAAGUUCAUAGAACCUUUUUUGCCACUAUACGUGUAACUCCUGUAUACAAUCAAACUGUAAACUUAACAAAAACAGUAAGCACAGAGGAAAUUGAUUUAGUUCCCAUUUCCCCAAUAGAAUCUAAUAUCCAAUGUGACAUAGACAUUACAGGGGACUUAUUACAGUCACCUAAAGAAUAAACUGGUCUGUAAAG